GGAUACUAUCAAUAUCAUAAGUACAAGCGGCGUGAACUGGAACACUGCGGAUUAGACGAGCUGGUGAAGGAGAGCUUAGCUCCUGCAUGGCAGGUGUCGCAUCCGCCUCGACAUCCGGGCCGUGUGCUGGUGACAGGCGGAAGUGGAGGCGGGCCGCGCUUCCGGUGCCGGUGAGCGCGCGGGUGACGUCACCGCCGGUCCCUCUUCCCACCCCCGCCCUCCCGGGAAAUCCAGGCUCUAAUCCCCGGGUCAUGUGUCAAUCAAACCAGCAGCAACAGCAGCAGCCGGCGGCGCUGAAGGGAGGGAAAUGGUUACAUUUUCCCCAGUUGGCUUUGCGCCGCAGGCUAGGUCAGCUGAGCUGUAUGUCCAAGCCUGCCCUCAAGCUCCGUACCUGGCCUCUGUCUUUUCUGUAUUUCUUCCUGCCAUUUAGUGUCCUUAAGCCUCUUACUAAAGUAGGAUGGCGACCAACAAGCAGGGUUGGCCUGUAUAAAACUAUUCCCACACGGUUACUAUCCCGUGCAUGGGGUAGACUGAACCAGGUGGAGCUUCCUACCUGGAUGCGUAAGCCUGUCUAUAAUUUGUACAUAUGGACAUUUGGGGUUAAUAUGAAGGAAGCAGCGGUGGAAGAUCUACAGCAUUACCGAAAUCUCAGCGAAUUCUUCCGCAGAAAGCUAAAACCACAGGCGCGUCCUGUCAGUGACUCUCACUGUGUGAUCAGUCCUUCUGAUGGAAAGAUCUUGCAUUUCGGGAGAGUGAAGAAUUGUGAGGUGGAGCAAGUGAAGGGCGUGACUUACUCAUUGGAGAAUUUCCUCGGCCCCCAGACCUGGUCAGAGAACCUGGAGAUUAGUGACAAUAAACAUGAGACCAGUUUUCAGGACCAUCUGGUGACGAGGGAAGGCAAUGAUCUCUACCACUGUGUUAUUUAUUUGGCACCCGGAGAUUAUCACUGUUUCCAUUCACCUGCUGAUUGGAGAGUUGCACACAGGCGCCAUUUCCCAGGCUCCCUUAUGUCGGUUAAUCCUGGCGUAGCUCGUUGGAUUAAGGAGCUGUUCUGUCACAAUGAGCGCGUUGUCCUGGCUGGAGAGUGGAUACAUGGCUUCUUCUCGCUCACUGCUGUCGGGGCCACAAACGUUGGAUCGAUUCGCAUUUAUUUUGACAGUGACCUACAUACCAAUAGUCCCCGCUACAUGAAGGGCUCCUACAACGACUUCAGUUUUGCCGCAAACAACAACAAAGGGAUUAACAUGAGGAAGGGGGAGCAUCUCGGGGAGUUUAACUUGGGCUCCACCAUUGUUCUCAUCUUCGAGGCACCGAAAGACUUUACUUUUAACCUUAAACCUGGACAGAAGAUCAGGUUUGGUGAGGCUCUCGGUUCCAUAUAAUACAGUUCCCAUCAAUGGCAUCUCAAAUUGGAUUGGAGCACUGAGGAGUGAGGUUGGACUAAAGAAUGGUGAAAAAUGGCCAUAACGGAAAUGCGGUUUUAAUUCCUCCUACUCCUCACCUCAUCAUUACUGCAGAAGCAUCUCUCAUUGCCUCCAUCUGAGGGACCAGCUCUUCCAUUAUGGAUUCUCCUGAAAGGUGUACUGACCCGACCCAAUUGAACUUUCAGAGCAUAUGCAGUGCCGUAAUCUCUCCAUACAAAGGGAGAACCUGGCAGGUCACCAGGAAUAAUGAGACUUGGAAAAUGGGCUGAGUUUAAGGGCCCUGGUCUCUUUGGCAGUGGCAGGAGAUUCCGAUCAACUUGUGCAGGAACUGGGGAUGCUCGAGUAUUUGCUGAAUAGCUCCAUGCAGGUGAACCAGUGGGUCAUUCUAACGUUUAGUUAAUGCAGUAUUUUUAUAUACUAAAAAGAAAUCAAUGCAGUUUCUCAUCAAAUCACAUUUCAGAGAAAAUAAAUUUAAUGACUAUACCAAAA